AUGACAGCUCUGAGGCAUGUCUGGGUUAUUUCGGAGACAAAUGAGGUCUUCACCAAUUAUGAAUCGUACCUACAGCGCAUGGAUUUCUAUAAACAAAGGAAAUUCAUAUGUGAGAUCACGGGUCAUUCUGGAUUAAAUUUCUUCGAAGCUUUUCGGAGUGAAAUGGAGGAAUCCCGGGAAGUGAACAACUCAUUUCCCGAGGCACUGAAGGGUCCUAUUUUGCGCAGAACACAAUUCUCCACUGUAUCGCGGGUCGAUAAUCUCGUGGACGAAAUAUUCGAAGAAUUCAAGCAGGAAUUCUAUCCUGGUGAAAUGAUUCUCAUUCUACUGGACGACAAUACCCGCCUUCAUGGUGUGAUUAGGGACAAAGCCAACUUUGCAGAGCAGCUCCAUCCGGAUGGAACUGUAAAGAGGCCUGCAUAUGCGACAUAUCUCGUUAAAGUGUUGGACCGCCAAAACGAAGGCGAAGAAGCGCUUUUGGAUCAUAAUCACAUCACUCGUGAUAGGAAGACAUUUACUAAACAGAUGCUCCGGGCAUUCAUCAAAAAUAACGUGACUCGAGAAUCUUGGAAUGGUGCUCCUUGGCUUGUUAAGGCAUCGAUCGCUGAAGAAUAUAGGAUAUCGACAGAAGUGCCGAAGCACCUGCAAUACGGAGCCAGAGUCGCCGAGAAGAAAGCACAGAAGAAGGCCGACCAGGAGGGAUUCUUCGGAUUUUUCGCAUCACAGCAACUCCCGGAGCUGAAGCCAGCGGUUAAGGGUCAGAAGGUGAAACCAUCGGAUCAGGAUUUGGCGCGUUCAGAAGAGGCACAAUUUCUGGAAUAUAAACGUUCCUUGAACGGAAACCCAAGUUUUCUUGUCGGCAACAAACCUACAAAUGGAUCCCCGUUGGUUUCGAAAUCCCAGGAGCCGGAUAAGAAACUUGUCCCUAGCGUCGUGGUGAAGGCUGAACCGCCGAAAGCACCAUCCCCUCCUCCAAUUAAGUAUCCUAUUGAAGACCUCGAUAUCCCUCCGAGCCGCGAGAAAAAGAAACAGCGGCCGCCGCUCAAGCUUUUGAAAGCAAACGAACUUGAUGACCCGGACGAUGAGGAUCUUUUGCAGGAUGCCAUUCAAAUGGAAUCAGUGGGACCCCUGCUUGAAACAUGGAAUACGCUCAACGUGUAUUGCGAAGUGUUCCAGCUGGAUUCAUUCACUUUCGACGACUUUUUGCAAGCAAUGCGUUUCUCAUCAGACGAGGUUGAUUGUGAGCUCUUUGUCGAAAUCCACUGCGCCGUUUUGAAGAAACUAGUCAACGCCGAGAAGGAUAAUAACGGCGCAAUCCAAAUUUCCCUCCCAGAGCUUCCCGAAGAAGAGUCUGACGACUCAGAUGGAGAGGAAGAGGAGGACGAAGAGAACGAAGAGGAUGAGGCGGAGCGUACACCAGAACCCGCAGUGACAAGAAUGACGACAAGGGGUAGCUUGGCAAAAGCUGAGGCGGAGGGCUUGAAGGCAUUGGUGAACGGUCAGCCCGAUCCGAGCGAAGUCAAGAUUCACCGCGCUAGCGAGAUGUUUUCUGAGUACGGCUGGGUUGAUCGUCUGCGGAAACGGGAUUUCCGGAAUGGUGGUUGGGAGAUGAUUAUGAUUGGACUCCUCCACCAAUUGUCCGUUCGGCCGCGGAUGGAGGAAGUCUGCAACCAAAUACUUGAGAAUCUCGCGCCUUUAGACCAAGAACCAACGCAAGACACCGCCCGCGAGCAAUAUGCCGUUCUCGACGUUAAUCUACGAAUCCGAGCUCUUCAAAUUAUUUGCAUGCUCAGUCUGGAGACCAAAGCUAUUCGAAACUACCUGGAAGAAUGCAGCAAUCAAAUGACGGAGUUUCGAAAGGAGAAGAUUGAGUAUCAGAAAUCUCGGAAAGCAGCAUUGGAGGAACUUCGUCGACUGCACCAAGAGCGUAAAGCACUUCAACCCGAACCUGAGAAGUCGCCAAGCCCCAUACCAGAGCUGGAAGCUCCUGAAGACUCGAAGAUGGGAGGUGUGGACGGAGAUUCACAAGUUGAUUCUGAUGUAGAUGGGACCCCGCAGCGAUCUCUUCGUGGCGGCGUGGAUCGGGUUAUGGAACGGAAGCGAAAGCUAGAUGAAGAACGUGAACGAAAAGAGCAGCUUGCUAAGCAACCCAAGGGAUCAAAGCAGUACCAGCGUGUGCUGAAGAAAAUCGAGGACCAGAAGGCUGCUGUUGCUAAAUUCGAGGAGAAGAUUAUGGUCGUCGACAACGAUCUCAGAGAGGCCGAUUGCCCGCGCACAAGGUGUUUAGGGAAGGACCGCUUUUGCAACCGAUACUGGUGGUUUGAGCGCAACGCAAUGCCGUAUGAGGGAAUGCCGAACAGUUCAACCGCUGAGGCGAAAUAUGCCAACGGCCGUCUCUGGGUUCAAGGCCCGGACGAGAUGGAGCGCCUUGGGUUCAUUGACAUUCCGGAGGACCUGAAAAAGCAGUAUCAGAGACAAUUCCAUGUGUCUCCGGCAGAGCGCAAGAAGCACGAAGAAGGACCCACACGCCUUUCGCGCGCGAACGAAUGGGGUUAUUACGAUGAGGGAUUUGCUCUUGACAAACUCAUAGACUGGCUUGACUCUCGCGGUGAGCGCGAGACAAAGCUACGGAAAGAGCUCUUACUCCAUCGUCGCAACCUCAUCAAAUGUAUGGAAGCACGCCACGAGUUUCUGUCACGUACGGAGUACGACUCAGAGGAUAUGCCAACUAAACGGGUAACUACUCGAAACAAGACAUAUGUGGCCGACGACAAACACCGGUGCUUAAAUUGGCGGAACUCGACGUCUCUAGCAGAGAAUGGACACCUUCAUAUUGAUGCAUCCCGGCCGUCCAAGCGUGCGCGGAAAUCGGGUGAUGAUCCCAAGGAGACCAAGACUACAAAUCGACAAGGGAAACCCCUCACGAGGCAAGGCGGGCGAUACAAUUUUUAA